GUAUAUCGAUUGGCUUCAAUUAAUUGAAUUCAUUGAAAUAUGGUCAUCUCAAGGCAUUAGCCAUUUCUUCUUCUAUUUUUAUACCGUUUCACCACUUGUCAUGAAUAUCCUACAGUAUUAUGAGGCGAAAGGAACUGUAACAUUACUACCAUGGAGAUCAUUUCCUGUUGGGGAGAAUGAAAAUCCGAACAAAGACGUAUACAGGUUGGCACACAGUCUCGCAAACAAUGAUUGUUUGUGGCGUUCACAAGGUGCUCAUUUUGUUGCAUUCGUCGAUUUAGACGAAUAUAUUCUUACUACUAGUGGAAUUCGGGGUGAAAAUGCCCUGUCGUUUGGGAUUUCGACAGAAGUGCCUUGCCGUUUUGGAUUUAGGCUAGAAAAGCCCUGUCGUUUGGGAUUUGGGGAUAGAAAUGCUCUAUCAUUUGGAUUCGGGACAGAAGUGGGCUAUGACUUCCACUGGCAUGAUAUAAGUUUUGAAUGGUUAACUAAUGUAAGUUAUGGAUUGGCUGAGGUAGACGGACCACAUAAACAAAUAGUACGACCAGAAACAGUUUCAAUUAUCUCCACACAUUCAACGAGAAAGAGCUAUCCUGGUUAUAUCGAUGUUAAUCUUAAUUCAUCUGAGGUUAUCCUAUUACAUGCAUCCUAUAAAUGGUCCGAAACGAAUCAUUCAAUGAACAACCUUGUCACUGUGCCACAACUUCUUGCUGGCAUUCUGCCAUCCCUAAAUUCAGCCUAUCGUGAAAUAGGCCAACUACUAUUUAAAAACGAAACAAUGAGAAUUGACAGGAUGUUGCAGAUGGAAAUUGCCAAAUGCAUCAAUCGAUGGCAUAUAAACAAAUGUAAAUCGGUUGAAAUGUGCAAGACGGAGAUAGUUCGCCAGACGAGAUGGGUCCAUGCGGAGAAUGUCACCAAUGAUGAAUAUCAGCUGGUGUAA